GGGUUGCCCGAUUGACGCUGUUGGCUGCGGCCGCACAUCGGUGAGCGGCACCGCGGCAGCCUCGAAAAAGCCAGAAAAUCCAUGGAGAUGGACCUGGAAGCCCAAGCUCCCAUGACGCCGCGCCCGUAACCUCUCCGCUUCGGAAGCUCGUGGAGCCAGAGGGGGGCGGAGAAGCGGCGGAGACUAGGUCGUCGUACCUCUCCCCCUCCUCCUCCUCGCCUCCCCUCCCUGAAGCGCGAACUGUUGCGAAGCCCGCCAUCGGGCAUCGGGAGCUGAGCUCCAGUCCAGCCACCGCAAGAUCCCAGUCAGAUGAUUAGUUGACUUCUUCAUGAACGAACGGCUACCUUGCUGCAUGCUUGUCAGAGAUGAGCUCAAAUCGUAGAUCUUCAAAAGCUCGAAAAUCAACAACUAAUUACUACCGGCUUCCAUUUGAUAAGCACCGAUUAUUUGAUCCAGAUGCAUUUCUUUCAAAGGAUCGUUGUGCCAAUCAAUCACAAAGUACUCAAUCAGGCAGCAGACAUACUGAUAAACUUUUCACUACUCCUCAGUUAGUAUCCGCAUUGACAGGGAUCUGGAAUCUUGUUGGACACCCAGAAUCUUCUGGCACAACAGAUCAAAGAUCUGUGAGCGAGGAGAUUUUGCACAAGGAAGACCCUGUGUGCUUUACUAGGGACCGAGAAGGACACACAUUGACAUCUUGCACCGAAAGCUCAACUGGCCUCAACUCUCAAACCUGUUUAUCAACACCAAAAUCAAUCCAUGAAGAUCUUAGAUUGGUGAAGAAGAUGUUAAUGCUCCGAUCAUGCAGCAACAUGAUUGGUGCUUCUGCCACAUGGAGACAUAUGCAUCUUACCAGUAAACUUGGGAACAUGCAUUAUCAAAAUAUAUACCCCAUGCAAACCAAAAAGCUAGGAGCUUGUGCUACUUCCAGCAGUAUGGACAUCAAGGAGGACGACUGCUUCGGAAGGGGUGAUAACUGUUGCAGUCAAACAGGAGACAUGCCAGCUGAACAAUGCACGAGCUCAAGUGAGGAGGAUAAUAUCAUGUAUGCCUGUGAAAAUUCUCUACAUUAUGAUAAAUUAAAUGCAGAGGUUUCUAGAGAAUAUUCCAAUAUGUCUGCUUGCUCAUCAGAGCAGGUUUGCAAAGAGGCAGGGAUAAUGCUGGAAAAACAGAUUUCCAGCACAUGCGAACAUAUUCGGCCUGAAGGGUUGACAUGCACAUCUUGUGUGGUUGGUGAUGCUAUUGUUAAUCCACCAAAUGUACACCAAUAUACCUACAGGGAAGAUAUAUCUCAGCAGGAUUUUGUAGACAAGCGUUCGUCUGAGUUUGAAUCAUCCUUGGGGCAUCGAUUUCAUGGUGCUGUUGGUGCGAACAAGCAUGCUGCUGCAGGAGCAAUAGCUGGGACAGUUGUCAGCAUCUCUCUGCAUCCAGUUGAUACGGUGAAAACCAUUAUUCAAGCUAACAGUUCUGGACAAAGCUCAUUCUACCACAUACUAAGACGCACCCUUGUUGAGAGAGGUGUCUUAGGACUUUAUGGAGGGCUUGCUAGCAAAAUUGCUUGUUCUGCACCAAUUUCAGCUAUUUAUACCUUAACUUACGAAAUAGUAAAGGGAUCACUUCUUCCUACUUUGCCGAAGGACUACCAUUCCAUUGCUCAUUGUGCUGCGGGUGGUUGUUCUAGUAUUGCAACAUCCUUUAUUUUUACACCAAGUGAAUGCAUAAAACAACAGAUGCAAGUCGGUUCGCAGUAUCAGAAUUGCUGGAAGGCUUUAGUUGGAUGUCUUCAAAGGGGUGGCAUUGCUUCGUUAUAUGCUGGAUGGGGGGCUGUUCUUUGCAGAAAUAUUCCACAUUCUAUAGUAAAGUUUUAUGCCUACGAGAGUCUGAAGCAGUUUCUGUUGAAUGCAUCACCUGCUAAUGCUAAACUCAAUUCUGGCCAGACGCUCAUUUGUGGAGGUUUUGCAGGAUCAACUGCUGCUCUGUUUACAAAUCCAUUCGAUGUUGUGAAGACACGAGUACAGUUACAGGCACUCAACCCUGUUAGAAAGUAUGAAGGGGUUCUUCAUGCCCUUACGCACAUUUUUGAGCAAGAAGGGUUGCGAGGUCUUUACAGGGGUUUAAGUCCAAGGCUGCUCAUGUAUGUAUCCCAAGGGGCGCUGUUUUUUACAUCCUAUGAGUUUCUCAAAACAAUUAUGUUUCCUGAACAAGAGCUUCAGGCAAACAACGUUUGAUCGUAGAAGCUUAGAAGGGAAGGGCUCGUUGCAGCCCCGGUGGAAUUUCUAGAUCGAUACCAUGAGCUAAGUAAUGAGUUGUUGUAUUGUGGUUACAAACCAUCCUUCAGAGGUCUUGUAACAAACCAGUGUACAUCAUUUUUGGAUGCAUAGGCAUUAGACAACCACACCUGGUAUUAACCUUUUUCUGGUAGAUAUAGAAACACAACAUGUAGGCAAGAGGAAUUUUGUAUCAUGAGCAAACUUGAGAUGUGGAUUUCCUUGCGGGAGGACAUGUGAAUAUGAGUGUAUCCUGGUUUUGUGUUCUUACA